AAGUGCAGUGCCCGGCGGCGGCGGGGGCUGCGCGGCGGGGCCAUGCAGAGCUGCGGGCGCUUCUGGGGGCGGCUGGCGGCCCACGGGGCGCCGAGGCACCUGCGGGGGGCGGCGGCGGCGGGGCAGCGGCGCUGGGGCGGCGGCGAGGCGGCGCGGUGCAUCGAGCAGCUCCUGCCGCGGCACGAUGACUUCUCCCGGAGGCACAUCGGGCCGCGGGAGCCGGAGAAGCGGGAGAUGCUGCGGACCGUCGGGGUGCAGAGCGUCGAAGAGCUGAUGGACAAAACCAUCCCGGCCAGCAUCCGCCUCCGGAGGCCGCUGAGGAUGGAUGACCACGUCUGUAAGUGACCGCAUGGCCCGGGGUGCUCCCGG